UUUUAAAAGAGAGAAGCUGCGCUACAAUAGUCACUAAUUUUGAAGAGCUAUGAUUUAAAGCAAUCACACAACAUUAAGUCAUUAACUAUACCGCAAUCCACACGCGCUGACGAAUAGCGCGUGAUGAGGGAUCAAUCCCAAAUCCAAUCUCCAUACCAAAUUCAUCCAUAAAUCCUUACCUGAUUGAUCGCAAAUCACACAAUGGAGUCGGAGCUCAAAGUCCUAACUCGCCAAUCCACCAACCAGCGCCCCGAGCCCGAACUCGAGCAGCGAGAUGAUCGCCCGCUGCUCAAACCGGAGCCUGGGCAGAGCAAGUGCGCGGCUUACGUGCGGCGCGACGUGUACGGUACGAUGGGGCGGGGGAAGCUCUCGUGGGCGGAGAGACUGUGGCUGGUGCCUAGAUUGGUGAUUCUGGUCCCGAUAAGAGUCGUGGUCGGGAUGACCAUCCUCGUCAGCUACUACGUCAUUUGUAGGGUUUGCACGGUGUUCCGUGCGCCGAACAGGGAGGACGGGGAGGAGCAGGAGGAUUACGCGCACCUCCGCGGGUGGAGGAGGACGGUCAUCCUCCGCACUGGAAGGUUUCUCUCCAGGGCGGUUCUGUUUGUGUUCGGCUUCUAUUGGAUAUCGGAGACACGUGGCGAAAAUGAGAAUGAAUCUAACGACCACUCCGAAGGGUUCGAAAGAUAUGGGGCUAUCAUCUCGAACCAUGUAUCAUAUAUAGAUAUCCUAUACCAUAUGUCUUCCUCAUUUCCAAGUUUUGUGGCUAAGAGAUCAGUGUCAAAACUUCCUCUUAUUGGUCUCAUAAGCAAGUGUCUUGGUUGUGUCUUUGUACAGCGGGAGUUAAAGUCAUCAGAUUUCAAAGGCGUCUCAGGUAUUGUAACUGAAAGAAUUCGAGAAGCCUAUCAAGACGAGUUUGCUCCAAGGAUGAUUAUUUUCCCAGAAGGCACGACCACAAAUGGAGACUACCUUCUUCCAUUCAAGACUGGUGUAUUUCUGGCAAAGGCUCCAGUACAACCUGUUAUCUUAAGAUACCCCUACCGGAGAUUCAGUCCUGCAUGGGAUUCUAUUUCCGGGGCACGCCAUGUAAUUCUUCUUCUGAGUCAAUUUGUAAAUUACAUUGAAGUGAAGAGACUACCUGUGUAUCAUCCCUCAGAACAAGAAAUUGAAAACCCAAAGCUUUAUGCAGAAAAUGUCAGGAAGCUGAUGGCUCAAGAGGGUAAUUUGAUUCUUUCAGAUGUUGGGUUGCCGGAGAAACGCGUAUAUCAUGCAGCUCUCAAUGGUAAUAUUAGCAUGCCUAGUGUUUUGCAUCAGAAAGGCGAUUGAUAAUUUCUUGGCCAUGCUCGAGAAGAAUAUAUUUGGUCUUCUGUUCGACUUCUGUAACCACAUUACUAUUAUUAACAUAUACACGCUGAUUAAAUAGAAACUGUAACCUUGUUCCUGUGGAAUUGCUCAGCAACACUUACCCAUAUAUUGUUUGCUGCUGCAUUGUAACAUUACAAAUAAAUUCCCUCAUACACACUGCAAAGAUGGUUGUUAA